CGCCGACGCCUCGCCCGUCGCGCACGCCACGCCAAACGCUCUAACGCGCACGCAUCGCAUCGCUCGCCGCGCGCGCUCGCUCGCCGCGACCUCGAACACCCCAGCCCGGCGCCAGAUCCGGACUGUUCAAACCGCGUCGCGAACGCGUCGGUUGUUAAUAUAAAUAUCCCGAUGAACGCCGCGCUGCUCUCCUCCGCGCGCGCGCUGACGACGCCGCGCGCGCUCCGCGGACGCUCGCUCGCGUCGACGCGCGUUUCGUCCGUCCGCGCGUCAGGAGCGCGCGCGAUGGCGGCACCCGCGAAGGGCACGAAGGUGAUCGUCCAAGGCAGGCACCUCGAGAUCACCGAGGCGAUCCGCGACUACUGCGAGCAGAAGAUCAACAAGGCGGUCUCGCACUUCGACAUGCACGACGUCCGCGAGGUGGACGUCACGUGCAGCGCGCGCUCGGAGAAGCAGCAGGGCGGGGAUCUGCAGAUGACCCAGGUCACCGUCUACACGCGCAACGGCGUCGUGCGCUCCGAGGAGGAGGCGGACAACCUCUACGCGUCCAUCGACGCCGUGAGCGACAAGAUCGAGCGCAAGCUGCGAAAGAUCAAAGAGAAGAAGAACAGCAAGAAGGCGGGGAAGACGAAGGCGAACCCGAAGGCGCAGACCGCGGACAUCGUCGCCGCCGCCGCGGAGGCGGAUGAAGCGCGCGCGGAUGAGAUCGAGUUCGAGGAAACCGUGGGGGUCAAGUACAUGGCGGUGAAGACCUCCACGGCGAUGGAGGCUGCCGAGGAGAUGGAGUCCUUGGGUCACGUGUUCUACGCGUUCAAGAACAAAGCGAACGGCGGGGAAGUGAACGUGGUGUACAAGCGCGACGCGGGCGGGUACGCCGUGCUCGUGCCCGUGGACAUGGACGAAAACUAAACUGAACCGAGCGGAGGAUCGGCUUCGAUUCGGUCGGUCGCGCGCCCCGCGCGAGACGCGAGCGUGAGACCUCCGUCUGUCGUGUGUUCAUCAUACUGUAUUGCGAAUAUCACACCACUACCGAGUUCGUU